UCCGCCUCUCCCCCCCUCUCCCACAUAAAAAAUGGGUUGUGGGAAAUCCAAACCCGCCGUCGCCACCGGAAAUACCAUUUCCCGGAGCAAGAGAUCAUCAAAUACUGAUCAUGCCAAGAAGACCAAGGAUAUAGAAACAAUUCCUGAAAAGACCACAAACAACACGAACACGAACACAGACACAAACACACAAGUUGAAACCAAAAAUGCGAAGGUGGAGGAGGAUUCGAACUCGUCCAUCCAACCAAAACAAGAAAUUGAAAAUGCGGAGAAGGGCUCAGAGAUUGGCAACAUUAUUGUCAAGGUUGUGGCUGAUAAAGAAGAUGUAAAGCUCAAUGCGGAUUCGAAAGAAGGCGAUGGUAAUGAAGAGAAGGACAAGAAGAAGCAGGGAGAGUUGAUAUCUGGUGGCGCUGACUCGCCAGAGAGUAGUUUUUUCUCGACGAGGGGGGAUGGGGAAACCAUUGAGGCCGUU